ACUGGAUACGCCAGAAAAGUUGCUAAUUACCGGGAAAACAGGGACUGGGUCCAAAACGACUACUCCCAGUUCACGAUCGCCAUUAAAGGUAUAUAUACUGCACCGUCAGAUCUCCAUUUUCAACCCAAAACCGGUCAUCAUACGCGUCCAGCAGCGCACAAACGGAAACAAGAAAUCUUUAAUCUCUCUUCCAUCGUUUUUUAUUUUUCAAAUCUUUCCUCCCCCUUCCAUCUCUUUCGUCCCUCGAUUUUCUGAAAUUUUCAGUUUCGGGAACAAAUCUUUGGACUGCUUUGCGUUUCCCGGGAGAAUUUCACAUCAAUUUUUUCUAAUUCCCAGCUGAUCUUCCUCGUCCUGCUUCCUUCCAGGGAUUCUCUUCUGAUUGUAUAUGGUGGUUGAGGAUUGGGGAAAUUGGCUUAUUAGUUGAGGGACAUGUGUUGCUUAUAAUUGAAUAGGAAGGGGUGGAGCUAUGCUGUAUAUGGUUUCCUUCGGCUGAUUUUUUAUUUUUUAUAUUGAAAUUUAAAACAAACUUUUUGGGGGUGUGAGUGAUCGGUUGAUAUUGCAUUGCUCUAUGGAUUCCGGAAAUGUGUCUCCAAUGUCAUCCAGUCCGGUCAAAUGCUGUGAUUGUGGCUGUAUCUGUUCAACGAUGGACGGAUCCUUCUCCAGUACAUUGGCCCGCAACACCAAACGCAAGUACCAAGAACAUGAUAUCAUCUUGCCUCACACGGCACGCAUUGACAUUGAAAACGAAUGCGCUGCCCUUCGUGAAAUGGUCAGCAAGCAGCAACAGACGAUCAUGGAUCUAAGCAUAGAAUUGGAGAAGGAGAGAAACGCAUCGUCUUCAGCUGCUAAUGAAGCAAUGUCGAUGAUCCUUAGGCUACAAAGAGAAAAGGCAGAGAUUCAGAUGGAAUACACACAAUUCAAAAGAUUCACUGAUGAAAAGGCAGUGCAUGACCAAUACGAGAUGGAUGCGUUGGAGGACUUGUUGUAUAAAAGGGAGCAAACGAUUCAAUCUUUGACGUGUGGGGUUCAAAUGUACAAACACAGGAUGCUAAGCUUUGGGCUGACAGAAUCUGAGGCAGAUGGAGAGUGUGACAACAAAGGAAGGGACUGUGUGAAUUCUGAUGGAGAAUUUGAUGUGCCUUCAUAUGAUUACCCUCCACUGAAAUGCUUGAAUGAGGAUAAUCAAGUCUACUCCGACGUUGAACAUGAGGUUGUGGAUGUUGAGAAGUAUGCAUUUGGGGAGACCCCUCGGUCUCACAUUCAUCUUCGAGAUUUGGAGUGUAGGAUCAACCAACUGGAGAGGAGCCCUACUACCAUCAAUCACCCUGAUGAGAAAGUCAUCAUUGACCAAAGAUCUCCUCUCAGGCCUAGACAUUUGAGGAAGAUCUCAAUAGAUAGUGAAAGGGGUUGUGAAUUCACAACUGAGUCUCCGAAGCUUAAAUUUCCACAGACAUAUGAGUAUUCCAACUUGAGGAAAGUUGAUAACAACGCAUCCGAAGUUGAAGAUGACAUCAUGAGUGACAGAGUAUACACAAUCGACUCCAUUCAUCAGAGCGUCUCACAUAAUGAUGUGAAGCCAUCUGUUGGAAUAGGGGGUGAUGGUUUUACUUCGUCACCUAGGGAUUCAUUGAAUUAUAUGAAUAUGGAAGAUCCGGAUAUCAAGAAGCUUUAUAUGAGACUGCAGGCACUCGAGGCUGAUAGGGAGUCAAUGAGACAGUCAAUCAUUUCAAUGAGGACUGAUAAAGCACAGCUGGUGUUGCUGAAGGAGAUUGCACAGCAGUUGUGCAAAGACAUGUCACCAGCAAGGGGAGCACAUGUGAGGAAGCCAUCUCCAGGAGUGUUUUCAUUUACUUCAAUAUCAAUGUGGAUCCGGUCCUUACUUUCAUGGAGAAGGAAAGCAAAUAGAUGCAAGUAUGCAUUUGGGUUGUCAAGCAACAACGCGGGGCUGCUAAUGCUUUUAAACAAGGGACCAUGUGUGGGACAGUGGAGGUGUCUUUCAAGCACUCAAGUCUGAAAACCCUCAGUUUGGGAACCACAAUCUACAUACGUUCAUCAAUGCAAAUGCAGGUCGGGUUAGCAGUGGGUUUAAAGCUGCUGAUAAUGCCAGGUUUAGGGUAGCUUUCUGGUGCGUAUGAGUCAUAUUUUCUAUUGGCUGGUGAGAAAAAUUGGUUAUUGUUUUGGCCUUUGCAGUUCUCUAUGCCGGUGGCAUUUCACUGAAAGGGGGCUGCCUCCUAUAUGGGCUAGAGUUUCUUCUGUUGAUACAAUUUGUGUAUGAUUUUUUUCAGUAAAGCAACCUGUACACACUAUUGAAAUGAGAGAAUGAACCAAAUGUUAGGCCUAAAUAAUAAUAAUGUCAUUUCAUCCCUAAACUAUUUAUUUGGCG